AUGCUUCAAAUAACGUCGUUGAACGUCAGGGGCUUGAGCAACUUCAAGAAAUGUAGGGUACCACUUUUAACGUGAUCUAGAGGAAUGAAAUCUGACAUCAUUUUUCUUUAAGAAACUCAUAGUGCAAAAGAAGUGGAAAGACAAUGGGAACGUGAAUUGGGAAUUAAAGCGAUUAAGGAAUUCUAGAAAUUUCUAGGACGUCGAAUAUUCCGUAUUAAAUCUUUGUGUGCCAAACAAGGAUAGUUGACCACGCAAUUUUUCCACAAUGUUGUAGCAGUUACUAUUGGAAUUUGGAGUUUCCCGUGAGGAUUGUUAAUGGCGGAGAUUUCAGUUGUCCACUGAAUCCUCUUUUGGAUAAGAAAGGUGAUACUUUGAUUCCACACACACCUGUAAUUCAGACAAGUUAUAAUAAUAAAAAAUAAUUCCUAUUGAUAGCUUACGAGAAGAUUUUACUUUACACGACAGUUGGAAAAUCAGGUGGAGAGUCAAAGUCGCUGUUGUUGUUCUGCCGGUAGGCUUCAUUAUAGGUUGACGUCGUCUUAUCUUUUUGAUACCGUAAAACCAACAUUAAUAUAAUCGGGGGAGUUAAAACAGACCAUUUUGCAAUCACAACUGAAAUUCAAACUUUCAGAAAAUUAAGUCAAGGGCUCGGGUGUUUGGAAGCUGAAUGUUUUGUUGUUACUGAACAAGGAUUAUAAUGAAGUAAUGAAGCGAAAUAUUCUAAUAUGGUCUAGCGAGCCUAAAUCUAAUUUUGAUAAUUCACAAAUGCCAUGGGAUUAG